AUGGGCGCCCAAGACUAUGAGCUGUCGGAGGAGGCGGCUCUACUAAUCCUGCUGCACGCGUCGAAGCACCCCUCCUGCACCGUCAACGGCGCCCUCCUCGGCAAGCCCCGCGGCGGCGGCGGCUUCAUCAUUUCCUCGGCGGUGCCGCUGUUCCACCGCUCGCACGUCAUGGCGCCAUGCGUUGAGGCUGCACUGACGCAGGCGGAGGUGGCGGCGCAAGCCCAGGGCCUGUCGCUGGUCGGCUACUAUCAUGGGGAUUACAAAUUCGCCCCCGCCGAACUGAGCCCCUUGGGCCGCAAGAUCGCGGACCGCAUAGCAGACCGGCAGCCAGCGGCAUGCGUGCUGCUCCUCGAUAACAUUCAGCUAGCAUCCUUCACAGGCGCGGCGGCUGCGGCCGCGGCUGCGGCAGGCGGCGCAGGAGGCGGCAGCAACAGCGGCGGCGGCGGCGGCGGGGGCGGCGGCGGCGCAGUGGCUGCGGGUGGCGGGCAGCCGCUGGAGCUGCUGCUGCGGGAGCCCUCUGCCAAGGGCGCCGCGUGGCGGCGAGUGCAGCAGCAGGCGGGCGGCGGCGGGCUCGCGGCCGGCGGCGGCGGGUGGGGCGCGGUUCAAAAGCGGUACCUCAACCUCUUUGCGGCGGGGCGGCACAGGGCCCUGGCGGAUUUUGACGACCACUUGGAUGACCUGAGUCGGGACUAUCUGAACGAGGGGCUGCUGGACGGAAGCGAGCUGUUGACGCGGUAG